GAUGCUCCUUGUUUUUCUUCAUAAAUUUGAGAGAAAGCCGAAAACUUUAACCAAAUCUAGCAAACCUCAAAAAGCAAGGGAGAGCUUCUCUCUCUGUGGAAAUCUAAAAAUAAACUGAGAAAGAGAUACUCUGUGUGUUAAAAAGUACCAAUGUCUAUGUCUUUCACUUCUCUUAUCACAUUGUCUUAAACCAUCACCAACCCACAUAUGUAGCAACACAGUUUUUUUUUUUUUUCUCUCUCUCUAUUUUUUUUUCCUCUUCCUAUAUUAUCAAGCUCUUUCUUUUUUAUUUUCUUCUUGCAUGCUUCAAAGUUCAAACACCCAUACAUACAAACACACCUGCUAUUACCACACUUGCAAGUAACAGUCUUCUAUGCAUGUUACGAGCCACUACUACUUGUGUCAUCAUUCUUUCAUGAUCUUGCUGUGUUUGUGGUACAUAUUAGUCUAGGUUUCUGGGUUUUGAUUCAAUUGGGUUGUUUUUGGUGAUGGGUCCUGUUAGAGGGUUCAGAAAGAGGAAAAAGACAGAGAAGAAGCAUGAAGAGAAUGCUUCUGCUUCUGGGUCCCCAGAGGAGGGACCUCUAGAUUGGUGGGAUGAGUUCUCAAGGAGAAUUAAUGGUCUUCAAUCUCCGUCAAAGGGUUUAGAUAGGUUUGAAUCUGUUUUUAAGAUAUCCAGAAAAACCUUUGACUACAUAUGUUCACUUGUGAAGGAAGAUAUGAUGGCUAAGUCUGCACAUUAUAUGUUUACAAAUGGCAAGCCUUUGUCUUUAUGUGAUCAAGUUGCUGUAGCUUUAAGAAGACUUAGCUCUGGUGAGUCACUAGUGACAAUUGGUGAUUCAUUUGGGCUGAACCACUCAACUGUCUCCCAAGUGACCUGGCGUUUUGUGGAAUCCAUGGAAGAGAGGGGGCUUCACCACUUGAAGUGGCCUUCCACUGAAAUGGAAAUGACAGAAAUAAAAUCUAAAUUUGAGAAAAUACGUGGCCUUCCUAAUUGCUGUGGUGUGAUCGAUACAACCCAUAUCAUGAUGUGUUUGCCUGCAUCAGACCCCACAAGUAAUGUGUGGCUUGACCCUGAGAAGAACCAUAGCAUGGUGUUGCAGGCAGUUGUAGACCCAGACAUGAGGUUUCGAGACAUAGUCACUGGAUGGCCAGGAAAAAUGAAGGACUGGUUAGUGUUUCAGAGUUCAAACUUCUGCAAACUAUGUGAUAAAGGAGAGAGGUUGAAUGGGAAAAAUUUAGAGCUCCCCGAAGGAUCAGAAAUAAGGGAAUACAUAAUCGGGGAUUUAGGCUAUUCUUUACUUCCCUAUCUUAUCAUCCCCUAUGAAGGGAAAGAACUCCCUGAGUCAAGAGCUGAAUUCAAUAGGCGGCAUCAUGCCACUCAGAUGGUGGCGCACAGGGCAUUGGCAAGGUUGAAAGACAUGUGGAGAAUUAUUCAAGGAGUGAUGUGGAGGCCUGACAAACAUAGGUUGCCGAGGAUUAUUCUUGUUUGCUGCCUGCUUCAUAACAUUGUUAUUGAUAUGGAAGAUGAGGCGCAGGACGAAGUACCUUUGUCUCAUGACCAUGACUCAGGUUACCACCAACAGGUUUGUGGAACUGAGGACAUAAAGGGUAUUCAUAUGAGAGAUAGGCUGUCUCUCUACUUGUCUGGAAGGUUGCCACCUUAAUCAACUUUCCAUUUCUGAUUUCUGAAUUAGUUGGUUAAAGAUUGCUGUCUUGUAAUUUAUGAGGAGCAUCUGGGUCAGGAUCUCCUGAAAAAUAUAAAGUUGAAUUCAUAUUUUAUUUGUUUUUUGUAAAUUAUUUAAGGAAGACAGUGCAUUACUGGCAAAGACUCAAGAAGGAACCAGAUGACAGGCUGAGACAACCAAAGUGAGAGCUCGAGAUUUUGUAUUAGAAAAAAAAAAAAAAAAAAUUGCUCCAUUAUUGGACGUGUCCAAUAAAUAUGCUGGAGAGAUUUGGCACUCCCCAUGUAUUUUUAUUAUGACCAUCUCAUAUCUUUAUCUUUUUGAA